AUGGAAGGGGCUCAGGCAAGUGAGAGACUUGCAGAGAGCUCUGGGAAUGCAGGGCUGCUGAGUGGCUAUGGGGCUGUUCAGGCAGCAGUGACGUCGACUUCGGGGAGCUUCUCCGGAAGGGCUGUUGAAGGUUCAGUUCAGGAGGGUCAGACCGAAGUUCCGGAUGUCGUUGUGGAACAGACUGUGGAAGGGCCUGUAGUGGGCCAGACGGACAUGCCUCAGGCCACCAGUGGCAUGAGUACAGAGGCCCCUCCGAGCGGUGCUGCUGCGGAUUCGGGAAGUUCUUCUGGCAGGGAUGUUUUUUAUUCAGCUGGAAGGACGACGCCGCAAGACACUGCUCAGGUUGCUCAGAUGAUUCAGGUCCAAGGACAACCACAGCUGUUUGGACCGGAAGCCAACUUCCGGCUGGCGCAACUGGAGAGGGAAGCCCCUCACUUGUAUGGAGGCGGGAUCGCUAUGACUUCAGGAGCAGCCAGAUCGGACUCUUCUGGGUUCAGCGCUGGGGAGAUUCAGGCAGAGGUUCAUCGGCAGCUUGAGCUUGUUCGGAGGGAGCAUGCACUUCAGAUGAGAGCGUUGGCAGCUGAGAAUGCCUCAGGAGAUACCCAGGUCCUUCUUCAGGGCACGGGUCACUCUGUGACCUCGGAAGGCAUGCAAGCGGCAGGUGUGCAUUCAGGUCUCUCUCCAGAUGCAGCAGGCAUCCUGGCAGGUCUCCAGGCUUUGGUGUCUCAGCAGAACGGAAGUUCGUCUCCGACUGAAGGGAAGGCGGAACAGGUGAAACACUCUUGGUCGGAGCUUCCGAAGCUUCCAGAACUAGGACCUGAGUCCUCCCUUGCGUUUUCGGACUGGCUUCACCUAGUCGCCCCACUGGUCGAGGACAUGUCAGCCACGAGUGCUCAGUACUGGGGCCUUCUCACACGAGAGGCCGAAGAGGUUUACCGAAGGUACUUAGCUAGUGACCCCAUGGGCAGGAUUUCACUGAAUCCGGUGGAAACCCCGGAGCUUAAGUCCCCUGUUUGGUCCAGACUUGCCAAGCGCUUGGAGGCUCUUUUGAUCACGGCAGCUCCGAAGCAGGUGCGCGAAGAGUUGGUCCAGAGCCGACUCAAGUCUCCACUUCACCUUCUCUACCGCCUUCAUGUGCUGUACGCCCCGGGAGGUGUACAAGAGAGGGAGCACGCCCUGCGCAGCCUCCAGCACACGAGCUCCGCUACCACUCCCCAGGCCGCUCUGGAUGCGCUCCGCCAAUGGAGACGGUGGCUCUCUAGGACCGAGGCCCUUGGAGGUUCGUUGCCCGACCCGGUGAUCCUUAUCAAGGCACUGCUGAACAUAGUUAAGACUGUGCUUGAGGGCAAUGCUGAGGUGCAGUUUAGAAUGGGACUUGUGAAGGCAGCCCUGAGAGCUGAGACGGCGACUCCCUCUGCAGCCGCAGUGAACGUUCCUGAGGUCCAGGCUGUCUUGGAUGAUGCGGCGAAGGUUUUGAAGGCCAUACAGGCGCCAGGGAGCCAGGUGAGGGAUCCACCCGUUGCACCGAGGGCGGAGGCAGCAGCACCAAAGGCGACUCCAGUGCUUCAAGGAACCCCUGUGACGGUGGCUACUCUUCAGAGCCACUUGGAUGCCAUUCGUCAGGCCAUCCCAGAGGUCCAGCAGACUUCUGAGAAGCCUUCGAUCAAGGCCAUUGCAAGCUUGGCCAUGCCCUUGGAGGAGGAAGGUCCGCUGGAGGAGGCAGACCCCGACGAGCAGGUGGGCUUAUUGGACAGCGGUGCGACGCAUGCUGUUCGUGCACGCGAGGAAAGAGACCAGGAUCUCACUGCAACGGAGGUUGUUUUGGCGGGAGGAGCUACCCAGUCCUUGCUCCAAAACCCAGGUGGGACGAUCCUAACCAAUGGUCCCUCGCAGCCCAUAGCCCGUGCUCUAGAGUUGAUCCAACAACUCGAGGAGCGACGCCUUGAGAAACUACGCGGGCAAGUGGAUGAGACGGAGGCCGUGCUCCGAGCCCUCACUUCCAGGGUGCCGCUGGUUAAGGCGGUAGAUAGGGCUAAGGAGGAAGGUACGCGAGCAGAUGUGAUGCAGACGGCCCUUUCGUGCGGUGUUUUUGAGCACCACCACCUCCAGUCCAUAGCUACCACAAUCCCUAGGGAGGAACGCGAGCUCCGGCACACCCUGAAAGGCUUGUCACUUCCCCGGCGCCGCCGGCGAGCGUUGGAGCAGUCCAAGGAUUGGUUUGUGAACCUUCAAUUUGGGAAGGAGCCAGCGGCGGUCAGUGAGAAUGUGCUCUCGGCGUGCUCCGAUGCUCAAGUGCUUCACAUCGACUUGUCCAAGCCCCAUAACAACCUUGAGCCAGGAUCUCCCCUGAGAGCCUCCCUUGCCUGGGCAGCCCUUCAUGGAAGGAUCAUCGGCCUGUCAGCUGACCUCGCCUCUCGAUCCGAGCUUCUGGUCCAGGUUUCAUGGUUGUGGGCAGUGGCCUCCGCCGGUAGGGGUUAUACGGUUCCCUUAAUGACCCUCUCGGACUCCGCUAAGCUCUUCAAGGAUGAGUGGUGGCCGAAGUUCCAGCGUUGGGCCCACUUAAAGCAAGCCUCUGCGAUAGGAGGAGCCGUGACUGUGUUCACAAACUGCCGGACCGAUUUGGUCGAGACAUGUGAGAACCGUUCUGUUCUCCCGGAAAGGGUCGUGCAAUCCUUCCAGCCACAACGGCCGCAACCGGUCUCUGAGGAGGAGUUGAGAAGGAUCGACCAAGAGGUGCGUGACUCACUGCGCCUAAUCAGGCCCUCAAUUGCUUCAGGUGGCCAGGUUUCAGAGGUCCAAGGUGUCAAGCAAGCGGUACCGACCGCGGCCGCGCUAGAUGUUGAAGGGUGGAGACGCCACAUCGAGAGCGGACACCUCCCGUUCAACAGGAAGUGCAAGGCCUGCGUUAUGGGGUCAGGGGUAGGACUGCAGCACCGCAAGGUGGCCCAUCCAACCUCGUUCUCCCUUUCACUAGAUGUCCUGGGGCCCAUCCAGAAGGGAAUCUUUGAAGACUCAGUUGCAGCCCAGCCAAGGCACAAAUAUGCCCUUGUGGGGGCGUACAGAGUGCCUGAGGACGUCCUUCGGAGAAGAUGGGAUCCUAAGAAAGACCUGAAGGAUUUGUUCAGGGACACCACGCUUGAGUUGGCUUCCGCAAAUGAGUACCUUGGUGGUGAGUUGAAGGGGGCCGAGCCCGAGCCGGCGCCGUCGGACCCUUUGCUUCCGAUCCAAGAAGGGCAGGAGGAGGAGAUGCGCGAGGAAGAAUGGGACCAGUCCGAAAGGGGGCCUGAGGAAUCUCUCGUGAGCGUUGAGCUGGAGGCCGAGUCCCACUCUGGGGAGACCCUCCAACAGGCCAUAGAAAACCUUAAGGACCCAGUUCCCCAGGUCGUGCUUCGGUUUGUUAGGCCAAUGACCUCCCGCAAGGGCCCUUCCCUCAUGCCGGCCAUCCACUCCAUGGUUCAGGAGAUAAACAAAUUAGGCUUCCCAGUGAAGAAUGUUCACUCCGACCAGGGCCGGGAAUUCUUGAGCGACAGCUUGAGGCUGUGGUUGUCCCAAAUGGGAGCGCGCGUCACCAUGAGCGAAGCUCAUGAUAAAAAGGCCAAUGGCCUGGCAGAACGCAUAGUAGGGUGGUGUAAGCAGAGAGCCCGUUGCCUGCUGAACAGUGCCGAGCUCGAGCCAAGCUUCUGGCCCUACGCUAUGUCUCAUGCCGCCGCCUCACACCAGGCCUCCCUUAUAGGAGACACUCCGCUCCCCCACUUUGGGAAAAAGAUAGUGUUCAAAAGGCCGAUGUUGCCUGGCAACUUCAAGCCCUGGGACCAUUGGUCCGAAGGUCGAUACCUCUCCCCGUCCAUCCUUGUGCCUGGAGGACACUCUAUCCUCAGACCGGAUGGCAACACCACGGUUGUGAAGAAUUUCAGGGAUGAUUUAGUUGACCCUGAGGCCUUGGUAAGACAGCGGGAUGAGGAGCUAAAGGAGGCAGCGGAGGUAGCUGCAGAUGCGUCCCUUUCGGAAGGAGGCCAGGAGGAGUUGUUUCCGGAACUCUUUGGCCCCGAUGGCCGGGAGCCCACGGGAUCAUCAAAGGAGGUGAUAGGAGCAGGUGUAGGGGCGAUAGAUCCUGGACCCGCAGACUCCGAACUCCCUCCACCUAGUCGUCUAAAGGGAAAGGGACCGGAUGAGGUGACGGAUGUAGAGGCCAACACCAUAUCUGAGGGUCAGAUUUCAUCCUUGGGAUCCUCCUCCUCGUCUGGGCAACAGUUUCCCCGCAACUUGGGAUCCAUCCAGGAUCCGGUGAUCAUCCGAGCCCUUGUGAGGCUCAGUCUUGAGUCCAGAGCUCAGGGCCUCUAUGAUUUGGGAGUCCACGAGGUAGGCGAUCUGAACUACGUCUUCAGAACAGACCUUGUUGAGGAAGGCUGGACCGAUCACGAGGCUACUGUGUUCCUCCAUGAAUGCGGCCUGAUUGCCCCAGCCCAGCGAUCUGAGAACCCAAGAAGCGCCGGGUAUGUUGAGGGUCAAGUUGGGUUGAUAGGGAGGGAAGAUGAGUUUCCUCGUACUAUGGGUGCUAAGGCCCGUGCUCGCAGGGAAGCAAGGGAAAGGGCGGAAGCCCUCCGCGUGCAACCACGUGCACCAGGCUCAGAUGCAGGAGCCACUGCGGGCUCAACGGAGCCUCCCGAGCCCCGUCACAACCCCCGCAUCACCCGUCCUAUCCUGGACCAGCUUCCGGCGAGAUUCUAUGAUGAAGUGAUCGCCAAUCAGCCCAUCUCUAGAGACCUCCUCUCCCGUGUAGAGGAGGAAGCACAUGACGCCGACCUAACGAUGGAACCGAAUGAUGAGGAGUAUGCCCAAAAUGUCUUUCAGACCACCAGGUCGAGAAUGAAUUGCAACCCUAACGGGGUCACUCCGGUUGUAGGGCGUCUGAUGCUCCGGAAGUUUGCCAGGUUUAGGAAGGAUAGCUUUGGGUUAGUGCCUCCUGAGCAAGAGCCUGCCCUGGAAGCUGCUUCUGAAGAGCUCGCGUCAGCACUGCUGGAGCUCGGACCAGGGAUCUCAACACAGGGGGUCGAGCAGAUGGCGCGACGGCUUCCUUAUGAGAGCCCUCACCCUGCCCUGGCUGGGGAUCAGACGUCAGGGGAAGAGGGCCGCGCAUUCUACUGUGGUGCCAUGUGCAGAGGAGGGAUCUCCUCCUUGAGAAGGUCUUGUGCGGAGAACCCGCUUGCCAUCAAGUGCCUUACCAGGCUUCUCCGGAGAGCCUUUCCCCACAUGUGCUUUUCCUCAGCGGCAGUUCUAGAGGAGGUGAUGGCACCCCCACACCGGGACUCCAGAAAUGAGGCAACUCCAAACUUGAUCUUGCCUUUGACCAGGUUUGAAGGUGGUGCAGUGUGGGAGGAAAAUGAGUUCGGAAAUGUUUUGAGGGAUGUCAAGGGCAAGCCCACCGCGGGCAGACUGCUUGAUGUUGCAACGGGACCCCAGACCCUCCAGGCCCAUUCGAAGUUCCAUCUCACCGAGCCGUGGGCAGGCAGAAGGGUGAUCCUGGUUGGGUAUACGGUCUCUAGGAUAGAGUUCCUUAGUGAGGACCAAAGGGGCAAGCUCCGGGAAUUGGGUUUCGUGUUGCCGGGGGACCUCACUGCCGGAGAGGAGGGCGAGCCAGCCCUUAGGGUUAAUAGGCCCAAGAUUAGGAAGGUUGAGGCCAUUCCCCUUGCAAGAGAGCCCGACACGUGGAGGGGACACUAUGAGUUUACCUUGGUGUCGGAGGAGACCUUCCGCGGGUACUUGCGAGGAAAUAGGGGAAGGGAGGACUGGGAGCGCGCCACUCAAGGUGAGUUCUUUCGAGGAGGGUACGUCAUUGAUGAAGCCACUCAGACAAUGUUCAGGGCCAAUGAAACUCAUGAGAGAUUGGCUGUUGCAGCAGUGACCAGUGGUGUCAUUCAGAGUGGGAUUCACAAUGGAGACAUGAUUCUCCGAGAGUAUCUCGGUGAUCCGAGAGACCACGGCCCUUCCGAGCCGGAGGAACCAGUCCCUGUGGUAGAACUACUGGGUCAGGUCAGGGACCUGUAUGCCGACUCCCGUAGUCCCCAGGAGUACCACAUUGGGUUUAGGCUAAAGAGGACGACGGAAGAUGUAGAUAGGGAAGGCAACUACUUAGGGGAUCAGUUCUUCUUUGUGAGAUGCCUCAUGCGGGCUUCCCAAACUCCCCAGACCGUUGCGGAUGUUGAGAUGAUGUCCAGAGUUCUCCGAAGGGGGACCGACGCCACCGGGCGUCGUACGAAGGGGCUGGAGGAGCCUACUACUUCUCGAGCAUCCCGCUGUUGCACGGCUCGGAGAGCAACCAAGGACGAAGGGCUCCCGCGACGGGGUCCACUCAGUCUUCCAGCUCCAGGGGCCCUCAUCCGUAUGUCCGGAACAGGUUCCUCAGAUGAGAUGAGGCCUAGCGGUGAGCCAAGUUCUCCACCUGCCAGCCCUACCAUUCCGGUGUAUAGGCUAGACCCUGCGGUUCUAAUCCCCUCUUCGCUAUUGCUUCCGGCUUCUGUUGCUCCACAAUCAGAGUGCCGCCCUUCCUUUGGACAUCAAGGGCAUGAGGAUCCGGAGGUAAACAAGAUAGAGGUUUACACCAAGGAUGUAGAAGCUAAGCUUGAAGCACUCGGGGAUAGCUCGCUGGAAACCACCUACACAGUUUCCCCAGCCGAAGCCCGGAAGCACGCCGAGCGUUGGAGGGCCGCGUUGCUUGAAGAGCUCAGGUGCCUUGAGGAAAAGGGAGCCAUCAUCCGGAGAAAGGGAGCCGAGGCCCAGAAGCUCCUAUCGGACCCCGAGGCCGUCACCCUGCACUCUAAGGGAGUGUAUACGGUCAAGCCCGGCAAAUACCGGCCGGAUGGGCCGAAGCAGGCUUUCAGAAGGAAGGCGAGGAUCGUAGCGUGCGGGAAUGAGUCCCGAUACACCGACACCGGCGACGUCUAUGCUGCAGGCGUCGCAGGCGACGUCCUGCGCGCUGCACUCCUGAAGGGAGCCAGUAGGCGGUGGAAAGCGUUCGGCACUGACGUGCAUACCGCUUUCCUGUUAGCGCCGUUAGGUACCACCCGCAGGUACCUGUUGCAGCCACCGGCAAUCCUCAAGGCGUUGAAUCUCAUCUCCGAUGGGGAGAUAUGGGAAAUAAACCGCGCCUUGUACGGCUUGAGGGAGAGUCCGAGGUGGUGGACAGACUACAGAAAUGCUGCGCUUACAGGCCUCACCUUCCAGCUGUGCAAUGCCGAGACAGGCAACCUUGAGCCUCACCGCUUGGAACAGGGUAGCACUGAAGGGAACGUCUUUAAGAUAAGGGGUCCCAAUGGUGAGCUGGAAGGACUUUUGGUGUGCUACGUUGAUGACUUCCUCAUCUUGUCGAGCGAUCCUGUGGCGAAAGCCCUCUACGAGGCAAUGUGCACCCAGCUGAACUGGGAGUUGGAUCCCCUCCAGGAGGCCACCCGACAGAACCCCCUUAAGUUCUUAGGUGUAGGGAUAAGCCCUUUGGAAAAUGAGCCCGGGUUCGCGCUUGACCAGAGGUCUUACAUAGACGAGCUCCUCGCCAAGAAUGGGUUUCAGGGCAGAGGCAGUAACAUCCCCUGCCCAAAGGAGUUGCUGUCAGAUGAUGACUUAGAAGAUCCUGAGGACGUAAGUUACCCAACGUCCCUAAGGGAGGCGCAACGCCUCACCGGCGAGCUCCUGUGGCUAGCUCAGAAGAGUCGUCCCGACGUCUCUUUUGUGGUGCAAUACAUGGCAUCGCACACCAUAGGCCGCCCGCGACAUGUGUGCGACGUCGCACAAAGAGUGUUCAGGUACCUUUCCCUGACAAGGGAUAGGCAUCUCCGCUUGGUGCCAGAGGCCGAAAAGGGACUGGAAGUUUUCACUGACGCUUCCUUCGCGCCGACCGGGAAACACAGUCAGGGAGGGAUCCUGAUCAAGUAUAUGGGAUCGACGAUCCAAUGGAAGGCGUCAAAACUUCCGCUGAUUGCGAUUUCGUCAGCAGAAGCAGAGUUGCAGGCGCUAAGUGAGGGUGCCAUCUAUGGACAGUCGCUGCAGGCUGUCCUGCGGGACGUCACCGAUGAGCCCCCUUCCCUCGCGCUGCUGUGCGAUUCCACUUCCGCUAUAGCCCUCGCCGAGGGCGGGUCCAGUCAGAGGACAAGACACCUUCAGGUGAGAGCCGCCGCGCUCACGCAGCAGCUAGGGUCCUCAAUGACUCUAGAGCACUGCCCGGGGGACGUGCAGUGUGCUGAUCUGCUUACGAAGCCCCUUGCAGGGCCUAGGCUUCACGAGCUGUCCCUCCUUGUAGGCUUGAGUGAUGAAACUGAGCCUCCCUCUGUUGGGAAGGUUGAGGUGUUGUGCGGAUGCGGAGGAGCCUUGAGCAAGUGGCUCACAGCGUUCACUGCCUUUGCACAGGUCAUGCCAGGCUCAGGCCAAGGUGAGGAGGAGGAGGAUUUCCAAGGUGUGACGAGCGACCUCUCGCUCUAUGUAGCCCUGGUUGUUGUGAUCAUAGCCAUAGUAGGCCUUUGGGAAGGGAUUAAGGUUGCAAGCAGGUCCUGCCGAGGACCCUCGUCGCCCUCCAUCCGGGCUCUGGGGAAGAAAGACCGUCUUGAAAGGGCCGUGCGAGAAGCCCUCGAUAAGGAGGUGACUUCGUCUACACCGUCCUCCUCAGAUCAGCCGAUCAAGCGAAGGGGGAGACCAGCCUCCCAGCCUCCGAGCGCCCAGGGGCACUCUACCGCGACUUCAUCUACUACAACCACGACCUUGCUGCAGGUCUCGAGGUUCUCUCAGACUGAGGUUUUAGAUGGAGGCAGGAUCACGAGGCGGAGCCAAGGAGUCCAGACGGACCCCGAUGCUCAACACCAGAUGUUGAUGCCACCCACUGGCGUCAACCCGGGAGCGGUGAUGACUACCAUGCAAAGAGGCGGAGUUGUCCACCUCUUCAACGACUGCGGAACCCUCGGAACACCGGGGUACAGGCAGGAGCGCACCUUCUGCCGGCAGUGCCUUGCAAGGGCGAACCUUCGCCCCUAG